CGGCCCGGCGGUCACAUGGCGCCCCUACCGCACCGGGGGGCACUUGGCGCCGUGCCGGGUGCUGAGAUGGGUCUUGCCUCAGGGCAGGGGGAGCUCGGGCAGGCUCAGCUCAGCGGGAGAGAGGGGCGGAGUGUUUCCCGCCGUAAAAUUGUUGUUUGCAAGGGGUGUUUGUGAAGAUGGAUGAGGAGAGGAAAGUGAGGGAACAACAUAGGAGACUACCCAAUGAAGUUUCCCUUCCUGAGAAAUUGCAUGUUAUGGAUGAAUUUUUGACUACUACUUCAGGGAGCAGGAUGACUGUUAAGGAGAAUUUGCCUGGAAGGACAGUUCAUCUUUGCCAUGAGUGAAUAUCCAAGUGCGAGGAUGAAUUUACUUUAAAUAUAUGAUCAGAUUAGUUCUAAUUCUUUUCAUUGAUGGACCAAGAAACAUAAAUUAGCAAAUGGAAUUACUAGAAUUCUAAGGAAAUGACCUUGUAAAAAUGGAAGUUAAGGAAAGGAAAUCUGCCUGUGUUAGAAACACUCUGGGAGGGAAAAUGAAGAACAGAAAGUCAGUGCAAACAAAGGAGAAUGACAGAGGCUGAAUCGGAGAAAGAAGCUCAACAGUCUCUUCUGAUUGUACCAGUUAAUUAAAAAUCCCACACAGACAAGAAACCUCCAUUUGCACUAAUUUUGCUUGCUACUGUGGUAAUCUACUACAGAGGAAUCCAGCAUACUUUAAGGUAGACGACGCUGCAAGUGUGACAGGUCUUGAAUGUUACAGAAUGGUGUGGCCAGCUGCUCAAAAGCCCCCAGCUUUCAGGAAGUGGUGGUGGUGGUGACCAGCAAAAGUAAGGAGCCAGAAAGAAAAUGGAACUCCCCAUCUACGUGGAUGCUUUCAGGCUAGCAGGAUCAGUGUUGGAGUAGGAGGGAGGCAAGAUACAAUCUGUUUUGGAGUAUCUGGAAGUACAUCAACCCAGACAGAUGCCAGCAAGUGUACUGAAGCAUGUUUUUACCAAGAUCUGUUAAAGUCAAGAGGACUGCUGAUGAGCACAGAAGUUGUACAGCUGCUAAGAAAAAUAAAUUGUCUUCUGGAGGAUCUUUGCUAGAGGAAACCACCAAGUUCGAAGACUGUAAGUCAGUUAGAACAGAAACUUCUGCUUCAAGAUGCGAUUUGAAGGAAGUUGUACAAGAACACACAGAACCUGUAGCUGCAGACCCUGGUGUUGCUAAUACAGCUUUGGGAAAGGACAGCCAAAAUACUGAUGAAGGCAGCUCUUUGGAAGAACCCAUAAAAUCCUUCAGCAAAUCCCAGCGUUGGGCAGAACCUGGAGAACCUGUAUGUGUUGUGUGUGGUCGCUAUGGAGAGUAUAUCUGCGAUAAAACAGAUGAAGAUGUUUGUAGCCUGGAAUGUAAAGCCAAACACCUUCUACAAACUCAAGAAAAGGAAAACAAGCUAAAAUCUGAUCAACUCACCAAAGGAGAAUCGCAAACAGAAGCUCACCUGCCUAAUACACCUUAUUUCUACAAAGAUCAUUCGUUUAUUUCAGGUUUGCAAGAUGAGCAGAUUGAGAACCUUAAACUGCAGCUAGGUAUUGCUGUGCAGGGCCAGCAAGUUCCAAGACCUAUUUUAGAGUUUCAACACUGUGGUUUUCCUGAAAUUUUAAACCACAAUUUAAAGAGUUCUGGCUAUGAAGUCCCAACUCCUAUCCAAAUGCAAAUGAUCCCUGUUGGACUGUUAGGGAGGGAUAUUGUUGCUAGCGCAGACACAGGUUCCGGAAAAACAGCAGCCUUCCUGCUCCCUGUUAUUAUGAAGGUGUUGAAAGAGACAGAAACUCCAUCUGCCCUUAUUUUGGCACCAACAAGGGAGUUAGCAAUUCAGAUAGAGAGACAAGCUAAAGAACUGAUGGCUGGUUUACCAAACAUGAGAACAGUUCUCCUGGUAGGAGGCUUGCCACUGCCACCACAGCUUCACCGUCUCAAGCAAAGUGUUAAGGUUAUAAUAGCAACACCUGGAAGACUUCUUGAGAUUUUAAAGCAAAGUUCUGUUCAACUGCAUGGCAUAAAAAUUGUAGUGGUGGAUGAAGUGGAUACCAUGUUAAAAAUGGGCUUCCAGCAGCAAGUGUUGGAUAUUUUGGAAGACAUCUCUCACGAUCAUCAAACCAUACUGGUGUCAGCCACGAUUCCAGUGGGCAUUGAACACUUAGCAAAUCAGCUUCUGCACAAUUUUGUAAGAAUAACAAUUGGAGAAAAGAAUCUCCCAUGUUCCAAUGUUCGCCAAAUUAUCUUGUGGGUAGAAGAGCCAUCUAAAAAGAAAAAGCUGUUUGAAAUACUAAAUGAUAAGAAACUCUUCAAGCCUCCAGUGUUGGUAUUUGUGGACUGUAAGCUAGGAGCAGAUCUGUUGAGUGAUGCUGUUCAUAAGAUUACAGGAUUGCAGUGUACAGCUAUGCAUUCUGAAAAGUCUCAGGUGGAAAGAACAGACAUAUUACAGGGAUUACUUCAGGAGAAGUAUGAAGUUAUAGUAAGUACUGGAGUCCUUGGACGAGGGCUGGACCUUGUCAAUGUCAAACUGGUAGUAAAUUUUGAUAUGCCUUCAAGUAUGGAUGAAUAUGUACAUCAGGUUGGAAGAGCAGGGAGGUUGGGUCACAGUGGAACUGCAAUUACUUUUAUCAAUAACAACAGCAAGAAGCUCUUCUGGGAUGUUGUGAAGAGAGUAAAGCCAACAGGCACCAUUCUUCCCCCACAGCUGCUGAAUUCCCCGUAUCUUCAUGACCAAAAGAGAAGGGAACAACAGAGACUUAAACAAUUACAGAAUAGCCUUGUAACAGGAGAUAAUAUUAUGGACAUUAUUAGAAAACAUGACAAAAAUAAUUCUCAGAGACUUCUUGUGAAACACAUUCUUCUGGUGAUUUUUAUGUCAUUAUAUUCAGAUGAGAUCUUUGCAAAGGACACCCUCACAAAAAAGGAAAAAAAAUAUGGUGACAGAUUGGUCUCUGAAAACAAGCCUCCAUCUCUUCCUGUUAGCUUACAUAAAAGCUUCCACUGGGAACAUUGCUCCGAAUCCUCGAUUCCUUAAGAAGAAGCAACUAGAAAUAAUCUUUUAGGAAAGGUGUUGUACACUUUUAAAACCUAACAUUAACUUGCUGGAA